CUUCCUAGUUGUACAGUUGUAUCUACAAUAUUAGUUCCAAAAUGAAUUUAUUUGUCGUAAGUUUUCUGGGGUUGGUCGCCAUAUCCACAGUACAAACGCGACAAAUACUCUUCCAAGUACCAAAAGAUGCAGAAACUCUAGAAAGCAGACCACAAAAUUAUGAAUAUAAACAAGUAAUUUUGUAUCUCACACCAACUGAAGUAAGGGCUCUGGAAAGAAAUAACGUCCUGCAGAAGGCAAAUAACGAAUAUUAUUCUAGCUACGUCAACAACCAACUGCCGGCACAGAAACAAGAAGAAGUACGUAAAACGAUUCAACAAUCCAAAGCCGUGAAACCGAUCCAUGAAGAGCAAGAAGAAACGACAGAAAAAAAUGAAAAGCUGAUUGAUAUACCCCUCUUUUAUCCUUUCCAAUUGAUACCAUUAAACAACAACAACAAUAACAACAAGGAGAAAGGAUUCGAAAAAGAAAACGAGCAAAGAUGGAUCGAAGAAAUCAAGAAGCAGAUUGAGGCCGAACGUGAAAACGCUAAAAUUGAAAAUGAAUGGAACCCUAUUCCUUUGAAACAGAACACUCAAGAGAUCAUAUCCUUAUUGCAACGCGAGAACAAAGCUAAACCCUUUGAUUAUUCGCAGCUCCUGCAAAAUGCUGCUGAUAACUAUGACAACAAGGAGAUCAAGACACAAUUGCAACGCGAAAACAAAGCUAAACCCGUUGAUUAUUCACAGCUCCUGCAAAAUGCUGCUAAUAUUUACAACAGCAAAAAAACUCAACUGCAACGUGAAAACGAAGCUAAGCCCGCACCAGAUUACGCUCAGCUAGUGCAAGCUGCAAACAGUUUUGAUAACAAAAAUGUACUGAAGGUGCAAGACUUCUAUCGCCUACAAUACGAGUUGGAGCAAAUAAAUAAAAAUAACCGUGCCGAAUCUUUGCCCAGACAACUGCUAAAGGAUAUUCCAGCAUACACCCGUGCUAUUAGACCACUGCAAGAAGAAGCAAGAAGAAAUCCAGACGCGCUUGUAGGUAUUGAAAAACAUCAUCAUCUUCAUGAAAAAACGAUAAUCGACGCUCGUAGACCUCUUUCCUUGAGAGAACUUUACAGAGAGUAAAACGAUUCCAUAAAAAUCCAGCUCUGGAAUAAUAAUUGUAAGUUUGUUAACAUGAGGCUAAUA